AUGCCCGAACUCGCCGAAUGCAAAUACUCCCGCGAAGAGUGCAUAGCGUCAAUCCGCGACUAUUACAGCUUCUUAAGUACGAUGUAUGUCCACGAAGACGACAUCCUGUAUCCUCCAGAAGAAGGUUGGCCUACAAUCACAACGGAAACUUUGAAAGACAUGGGAAAAUCAAGUGAGGUCAUAUGUCUUCUACGCCAUCUACCCUACAUUCGUGUCCCGAGCAAUCCCUUCAAUCAGGCUCAGGGCGCUCCUUGGUGCCGUUUUGCCGAUUGGAAACACACAGGAGCCCGUGUCGAAUGCGGCAUGGAUGGCCAGGAUUUGAAAAUCAUGUCGGAAGGUUCCGAAAUCUGCGACAACGCACCCUCCCACGUGAUUGGUCUCACAAAGGGUGGCCGCGAAAAUACUGUUUUCCUCUUGGAUACAGAGCUUGGCAUAAUAUACUGGCCAGAAUGCCCAGACGGGAUCUCGGACAAUCCUUCCUACGACCAUCUGCGAGUUUUCGACGACCCUCACGAGUGGGCUCCAGAAAACGAGGCCGACUGGCGUGGCGAUGCCACUCGCUGGACCGUGAAUGGUUUCUUCGAAGUUCUCAAGGAUCAAUUUCGAAAACUGAACUUUAUCCCCACCAGUCAACUGUCUGUCAUCGAUGUAUACGCGUAUCUCAGACCAGGCUCGGACGGCUUGGUGGAAAAAUUACAAUUCAUCUAUCAUGAGCAUGGCUGGCCGGGUCUGGAAAAUUAUCGGAAGCGGGAAUGCUUGAAAGCUGUGGAGGCCGCAAUGGAACAACAGUAUGGAAUGGAUGAUUGA